GUUUUUACUUAUGAAGUGAAUGCACGAAAAUUAAGAUUGUAAACAAACAAACCCAAGUGUGCGGGUUAAUUGUAACAUAAAUAAGCUAUCUUCUUUUAAUUAUGAUUAGUGUUCAGUAAAAUAUAAAAAAAACCCACAAACUUGGCUGUUUUGUUAGAAUGCUACCUAUACUGUAACUGAAAGCAGGUUUAAUGGGUGUCGUUACGUUUAUGUCUGGUUUAUGUGCAGGUUUUUACCUGAGAAAUACACAACCUGGUUUAGUUAUAGCUAAUAAAAUUUUCGCAGCUGUCAAGAAAGGCAACAACUAUGGAACGAAAUUUAAAAUGGCUUUGGUUGUUAGAGAAGACUUGAAAAUGGGCUGUGGAAAAAUAGCAUCCCAGUGUGGUCAUGCCACUUUAUCUGCCUAUAAGCUUGCUCUGCUUCAUGAUCCAGAUGUCGUACCUUUAUGGGAAGCAUGUCGACAAAAAAAGAUCGCUUUGAAGGUGAAAAGUGAAAAAGAAAUGUUAAAACUAUCUGAUGAAGCAAAAAAGUUAGGAUUACUAACCAGUAUUAUUGUUGACGGGGGUUUAACUCAAGUUGAUCCUUUUACAAAAACUGUACUUGCAAUAGGGCCAGGCCCAGAGGAAGUUGUAAACAAAGUGACACAAAAUUUGAAGCUUCUGUGAUACAUCUAGUCACCUGAGAUUAGAUAAUAUUGAAUGCAUUUACAGAUUACAUAUUGAACUGGUUACUUCAAUUAAAUUUUUGUAUCUGGGUAGACUUUUUUGAAACAAUCUCAAAACUGCAGUUCUCAUAUACAUUCUAAUGCCCUGACUAGUGGCAGUUUUAUACUAAAAACACCAAUUGUAAACUGUAACACUAAAAGGCAUGAAUCAUGUUGUAAUAGAAAAUUUACAUGUAAAUAGUGUUAAAAAUUUAAUAAUGAAAAAUUGUAGAAGACAAAGAAAUAUAUAUUUUUUAUUGUUUAA